AUGCCCAACCAAAACCUCCUGCGCAUCAAGCGCAGCGACAGUCCCGGCGAUUACAUCUUGGUCCACGUAACUAGGCCGGGAAUUGAGGACCUCGAUCUAAAGCUCGUCGCCACAGAAGGGGAAGCCCCGUACAGAGCCUCAGGUCUGUAUACAAUAUACCCAUCCCCUAGGGAAUUGCAAUAUUCCCCAGCUAAUGCCAUUACUGCAGUAAAAUCCGUGCGAGUAAACAAACUUCGUGCCAAAAAUUAUCAUGGCGAUGACGAUGAGUGGACGGGCAUUCUUGCGUAUGUGCUUGGGCAGAGACAGUCAACCUCAGUGCCCGAGGAGUAUAAGGCCGGAUUGAAGGUCGUGGCGGCUGUGAAGCAGGAUGAGGAUGAUGAGAGCAGGAAUGAGAUUGUUAUUACGCUGAUGAAGAGGAUUGAUACAAUUACGCAAAGACUAGGAACGAUAACCCUCAAACGAGAUGACGAUCAAGCCAUCCAGCUUUUCGACUGGACCGGCAUCGCCAUAUCCAGAGCAGAUGAACUCGAGAACCAGCUCCUCUCUCUAACGGCCAAAUACACUGCCGCCGAGAGCACCAUUAGUAAACUCAACGCACAGCUGCAGGAGCUAAUCAAGGAGAAAGCGGAGCAUGAUGAUCAGCUCAUCGCCAAGUUCGCCCAGUUGCUCAAUGAGAAGAAACUGAAGAUUAGGAAUCAGCAGCGGCUGUUGGCGAUGGUGAAGGUUGAUGGGGGUAAAGGUGCAGUUCAUAUUCUUCUGAAAUUAUUUUGCAAGUUUUGGAUAUGUUCGAUAAAUAUCCACCCUGCUAAUCUUCGAUAUGCACCCUCCACAGAAUCCCGUGUUAGACAACGCCAUCCCAAGCGAAAGGCGCCUGAACCGUCCAUCUCAUCUGAAAGCGUGGAUGGCUUUGAUACCAUGGACGUAGAUCAGGUUGAAAACCCAGCAACCAACAAAUCCACCACCACCACCACCACCACCACCACCACAAACAACAGCAAUAACAACAACAACAACAACAACAACAACAACAACAACAACAACAACAACAACAACAAUAAUAAUAAUAAUAAUAAUAAUAAUACAAAUGACACCUCCGCCGCUAACCCCGACGCCGAAGACGACCUCUCGUCCACCUCAGAGCGCCAAGAUACCCCUGACCCCCUCGAAGACGAGGAUGAGGAAACUGCCACGGAAGAUGAAAUGGAUGCGUCACAAUCACCUCCAGCACCAGCAGCGCCGGCAGCCACAGCUGCGAGAGAUGACAGGAAGCGAGGCGCGUGUGCAUCGUCGAAGCAGCCCGUGGCAUCAUCACCGACGACGAGGACGGCUAGAGAGCCGAUGGCAAGCCCCCCCCCGCGUCGGGAGUUGCCGUUUACGAGGAGGAUGGGGCGUGGGAAGGCGCCUAUGCCUUCCCGGGAUGAGGAUGAAGAUGAGGAUGAUGAACUGUGA